AGAUUAGCUUGAACCAGUUUUGCAGAGAUAUACACAUGGAGGUCGCCUGGGGGACACCGUGAGGAAGACUACUGACUUCCUCCGACGACCACCUAAAGAGGGUGAAAAAGACCCCCGAGAUGGAACAAAGCAUGCGCGAGAAGCAGAGGACCCUUUCCCAGAAAUGAUUAACAUUUUUCAGCCCCUUCGAGGAAAAGUCAUGAAUACGUAUAAGGCCUUCCCUACUUAAUGCGAACUCGGGAUGUGACGGGUGUGCGUCCUGACAGAGCAGAGGCUCUCAGUGCACCCAGCGCUGUUUGCUUGCUCUUAUUCAUCCAAUAAAUUCCUAAACUCAACCGGAAUCCUGCUCGGGGAUACUUCAUUUAUCGCACCAGCAAAACACCGGCCCUCAGCUCACGUACCCUACCUUCCGAACCGGGGAGACGCUCUGCCUUAACCUCAGUCCGAGUUUCCAUCACAAGGCACCGCCUGGGAGAUGAGAGCAAAGUGCACGUUCACGCGGCCGGAGAGGUAAGGCUGUGCCGGGCAGCGAGCAGCCGCUCUGAGCCAGAGCUCGGCAGCCGCAGCCCCGGCGCGGGGUGCGCGGCGGUGCGGUGCGGCGCGACUGGCCGCUGCGCUCCCUGCGCGCCCGGGGCCGGACAGCCAGCCAGCCGCCCUCCCUCGCCCGAGCCUCCGCGCAGCCUCCGCUCACUCCUGCGCCGCGUUUCCCCAUCGCUGAGAAGCUUUUUCCUUUUUUCGGGCUGUUUCCCGAUAGCUGGGAAGUACCAGGCUCUUCCCCCUUGCUCUAAAGUCAAUCAUCUACCCGCAAUUAAGCCGUGACCUCCCACGCCCGGGGCAGCGCUGUAGCUUUAAAGCGGGCGCUGGAAGCGGGAGGGAGGACACGGCGGUGCCGAGCCUGCCGCGGAUCCCCGGCCUCUCCCGGCGCUGCUGCAGAUCCCCGGCCGCUGCCAGCCAUGCGGAGCCGCAGCCUCCCCGUCGCCCUCGUCGCCGCUGCCCUGGCAGCCCUCCUGCCUCCCCCCGCCGCCCCCGCCGCCCACCGCAAGCUCCUUGUCUUCCUUCUCGACGGCUUUCGCUUCGACUACAUCGACGACAGCGAGCUGGAGGGGCUGCCGGGCUUUCGGGACAUUGUGAACAUGGGGGUGAAGGUGGACUACAUGACUCCGGACUUCCCCAGCCUCUCCUACCCAAAUUACUACACGCUGAUGACGGGUCGUCACUGUGAGGUCCAUCAGAUGACUGGAAACUACAUGUGGGACCAAAAGACAAAUGUGUCCUUUGAUAUUGGUGUGAAUAAAGAAAGCCUGCUGCCUCUCUGGUGGAAUGGGUCGGAGCCUUUGUGGGUCACAAUGACGAAAGAAAAAAAGAACGUUUCCAUGUACUACUGGCCAGGUUGUGAGGUUGAAAUCCUCGGAGUCAGACCAAGUUACUGCCGUGAAUACUUCAGUGUCCCGACGGACAAAAACUUUGCAGAUGCCAUCACUGAUGCCCUCGAGUCUUUGCGCAACGGCAGUGCCGAGAUGGCGGCAGUGUACUAUGAGCGCAUCGAUGUGGAAGGCCACCACUACGGGCCCUCGUCCCAGCAGCGGAAGGACGCUCUGAAACAGGUGGACAAAGCCUUGAGCAACAUGAUCACACUCAUCAAGAGCAUGGGCCUUCAGCAUGACCUCAACGUCCUCCUCUUCUCUGAUCAUGGGAUGACAGACAUCUCUUGGGCAGACAAAGUGAUCGAGCUGAAAAAAUAUAUCAAUAUGAGUGAUACCAUACAAAUGAAGGACCGAGGUCCUGUUGUGAGCCUCUGGCCAGCUCCAGGGAAACACACAGAGAUAUAUCAAAAGUUGAAAGCUGUGGAACACAUGAGUGUUUAUGACAUACAGGAUAUUCCAGAGAGGUUUUUCUACAAAAAAGGAAAAUUUGUCUCUCCUCUAACUCUUGUGGCUGAGGAAGGAUGGUUCAUAGUAGAGAGCAGGGACAAGCUGCCCUUCUGGGAGAAUGGGACGGGGUGGAAGGAGGCCUGGCAGAACGGCUGGCACGGCUAUGACAACGAGCUCAUGGACAUGAGAGGCUUCUUCAUCGCAUAUGGACCAGAUUUCCGAUCCAACUUCCGAGCGGCUCCCAUCAGAUCCGUGGAUGUUUACAACAUCAUGUGCAGCCUGGCAGGAAUACAGCCGCUGCCCAACAAUGGCUCCUGGUCCAGGGUGGAGUGCAUGCUCCGAAACACGGCCCCCUCGGCCGCACUCCCCCCCCACGGCAGCUGUGUCCUGGUGCUGGCUCUGUUCUCCCUCUUUGCCCGGCACAUCUCCAUACUGUGAGCCCUGAACAAUGUCAGGCAGUGUCACCAGCAGCUCCAUCCUUCUCUUUUUUAUAAAAACCAAACCAACACAAAGUUCUUCAUUUGAAUAAUGGCUUCAUUAAUAGAGUGCUGUCCUCCACUCCUCUGGCGUUCUCCACCAGGCAUGGCUCUGGCCUAUCCUGCAUUUACAGCCGUUACAAGGUGCAGGCAGGCUUUGUGCUGCUCCAAACACAGCCAGGCAAGUCAGCAGUGCCUCUCGACAUUUACAGCACUGGAAACAAGAGCAGAAUCCCAGCCGGCUAUCUGCCACAGUUUUUGGUGGAUGCAUGUGGAGAUCUCUGACCAUCACACACGUCUUACCCCAGCACCUUUAACUGAGAGGCACGCCUUGGCUUCUACUACUGAGCGGCUCAGAGUGGAGACAGACCUCUGUGCAUUUAACUGAGUUCUCCCUGAUUCACUCCUUCGUCUCCAGCUCCAUCACCAGCAGAAGCACUGCCAGCCAAGCCCCAGCUACACUGGCCCGUUCCUUGAAGAGCUGAGCGAUCAUAAUGCCAAGAGAAGUCAAUCAGCAAAAAAGCAGUAAGAACAUCCUCUUUCUCUCAGCCUUUCCUUCUUCAAUUUCCCCAAAGUGAGGCCUGGCUCUGUACACCUCCAGGGCCAGACUUUCCUUACAGACCACAGUGGAAAAGAAGGCUGGGAAAGGAGAGAGCAAUAGAAGCCCUCCACUUCAGAUACAGGAGGAAAGUGAAAAGGCAUCUGGACACACAGGGGUCAGGAGAAAGUAGGAUGAGGAAGCCUGUCAUUUAACAGCCUCUCUGCUUUUUCUGGUGAAGAAAAUAGAAUCUGCUCAGGUUUGGGGUUUUUUGCACCCCGUUGUGUUUCUGGAGGUCUUUCAACAUUUACUGCUUUUCUACCACCUCUUGCUCUCUGCACCUCUGCCCGUUGAGCAGCACAUUCCCCUCUAUUCUGCAGCUGUGAGACGUCUACACUGAUGGAUCUCUCACCCUCUCCAUUAAUCCCAGCUAAUAUUUCCACCACAGGCCAUUAAGCCCCAACAAAGUUGUAACGGUAAAGUUAAUCAUCAGGAGUGGACAGAGCUGUUGUCGGAGGUGCCUUCGGGAGUGCUCGGCACUUCUUCUAUAUACCUCUGAACCAGGAGCUUUCAGUGACAAACUGCUUGUGGAAGGAUUUAGGUCCCUCCCCAUGCAAAAGAAACCUCUAGGACAUACUAUGGCUAUGGAUCUGGAGUCGGGCACGAUCUGGGUACUUGUGGUACGGUGAGUUUAAGGGUUAGUGAUUACACCGUGGAGAAAAAAAAAACCCCAAACACCAAAUUAAACUUGACAAAAGACUUCUGUAAUAGCUGUAAAGAUUUAUGUAAUGUGUUUUUAAAGCUCAAGUGAACCAUCAAAUCAAUUGGGGGAAAAAAAGGGAGAAAAUCAGUCUUUUAGACUGUUGAGUAUAAAAGGCAAUUUAGUGCUUUCGAAGCAUUUGCAGUAGCUGUAAAACAAGCACCUAUUGUUCCGAUUUCCCUGUUGCUCUUUAAUGGACCAGGCUCUAUGAAUUCGCUGGACCACAUUUGUAAAGCAAAAAAAUUACCAGUAUAUGAGAUAAGCAAAUGACCAAAUUACCCAGUUCUAUUUGAAAAUCAUCAGGAUGGAUACAGUCAGUGCCUGCUAACUCCUCCACAGCCUGCCAUUUUAGCUCUUGCAGUGAACAGAACCCAAAGUCCUGAAAGUGUAUCGGGCCCACUGGGUUGUUCCAGGGAUGGGCCACAACACAUGAAACCAACAUUGGUCCUGUGAGCACUUUAUGUAACUCAUUUUUGUGAGUGUCCACAUGCAAACACUACAGAGUAAAUCUCACUGCAUCAUGAUGUGUCUGACCUUGAUGUGAGCAUUGUGUGUACGGCAAUACACCUCAAAAGAUACCUGAUCUGUAAAAGGGGAAUUUGAUGGUAGACCUACAAGAAGCUCAUUCCCUUCAGGAGAACUACAGCUGAUUAUUUUUUGAGAAGGGCAUCUUUCUUCCUCAGAAAUGUUGUACCUCUGAAUCAGUUCACAUUUUCAUUCAAGAAUCAAGUGUCUUGGCUGUCGCCUGUUUUUCUGUAGACUAUGCAACGGAGGUGGGUGUAUUUUAAAACCUAUUUCUGAAUGAUGUUUUUAUACAAUGCCUGAUUGUGAGUGAAUGAAUAAUUCUAAGAAUGAUGUUAGAAAAAAAACCAACCCAGCAAGUGUCUUUUUGUAAAUACUGUAAGACUUUUGAAGAAAAAAAAAACCCCACCAGCCUGUAACACCUUGCCUGUCUUGUUUGAUUGCUGCAUCAAAGUGUGAUAAACAGUGUUUGAAGCUUGUGCUGAUUAAUCAUCAGAAAGAUGAAUGACAACAUUGUUUAGAAAUGGCAAAGCUGUCAGCAUGUAAAUUAGGGACAUUAAAUACAUCACAGGAGAUACUGUA